AUGUCAGUUGAGCCUUCUACUCAUGAAGAAAUCCAGAUUGAUGAUGAGGUAGAAGAGAUUGAUGAGGAGGAAGAGGAAGAGGAUGAGGUAGAUGAGGACGAGGAAGUAGACGAAGAAGAGGAAGAAGAGGAGGUUGAGGAGGUGACUCAUGGUAGGAGCACGGGCAGAGGUCUGACCUUGAAGACUCUUGUGAAGGAGCGGGUCUUACAGCCUGGCGAGGGACUUAUGACCAUCAACUAUCUGGGUAACAAGUUCAAAGGAGACUUACUGCCAGAUGGGAGAAUCAAGUCACAGGAGACCAGCAAGAUUUUUGGGACACCAAGCGCGUGGGCCAUUUAUUGCAAGAAGAUAGUCAAUCCGGAUAAGAAGUCGGGCUGCGGUUGGGCGUCUGUUCGCUACCGAGGGAAGAAGUUAGAUUCCUACAAGAACAAUUGGUAUAGGCAGAAGAGGAUUGAAUUCGAGAAGGAAGGCGAGGCACUGGAUGAAGAAGAGAUGACGGACAGCGAUAGCGAUGGCCCUCACGAGCAGGAGAUCGUGGAAUUUGAGCUCAUUGGCAACAGGCAUCCGAACCAUGACAUGAAUACAAUGGUUGAGCUGACCUCCUUCCAGUCCAUUGGUCGAAUGCAGCCCUUUACAGUGACUAUGUCUUCGUCAGCCAUGGCUAUGAUAGACAUUCACGCUCACCUGACUACUUCUGAGGUGGUGGGUUACUUGGCCGGACAGUGGGAUGUCACUAACCAUAAUUUGAUUGUGUCUCAUGCCAUGCCAGUCAGAUGUCGUCUGGGCGACGGGGAAAAGGGUCGUGCAGUGGAGCAAGCGCUGUAUGCAGAAAUGGAGAAAUUGAAUCUCUCAUUAGUUGGCUGGUACCACACACAUCCAUUUUCACCACCUUUGCCGAGCCUGCGGGAUAUUGAUUCUCAGCUCGAGUACGAAAUGAAGAUGAAAGGUUCAAAUGAUGCUAGCUACACACCCUGUAUAGGGAUUAUUGUAUCCCCUUAUGUACGAGGAGGAGGGCAGGGUAUGAGUGCCAGCGGCUUCUGGGUGAUGCCACCUCCAGAGCACAAGCCGCAAGAGUAUGGAAGGCCCAUGAGUAUCCAGUUCACCAUUGUGCAAGAUGCUUUUAUUCCCAAGGAGGCUCUCUAUCAUGUGCGGGACACGGUGCGAUUUUACAAAGACUCGCCAGAUUCCGUUAUUUUCACAGACAUCUUCCAAGACCGCUUUACGUACUGGGACAAACUGAAGACUGCAAUUCGACUGUGUGUUCCAAAAGACCAUUAUGCGCCACUGCUUGAUUGCUUGGCAAAACUUUUAGAGUUGAAGAAUUAUGUCCCUGAACCAGCCACCCCAGGACCAAAGUCAAAAUCAUCUUCUGAACCAGAAGCAGAGGUUUCUGCCGAAGUGAUUCCGAUAGAGUCUCAGCAAACUCCAAGUAAUUCUGUUUCCAUAACCCCAGUGGACAAACCGAGAACCUCUCCAGAGGUUGUUAAUAGCAUCAGAGUUGUGGAUCCUGACGUGCUGAUGGAACCACCAAAGACCGUAUCUCCUCCAAGUACCCAGGUGUCUGAACCUGUGCAUCCUGAUGUAGUCUCUGCCAUGGAAACUCCAGCUUCAACUGAGGUGGUGGAUGUGUCAGUUGAGAAGGAAAGGCUGUUGAAUCAGGAGCAGAGGCACAGCCCACCCGAGCCCAAGCAGCUGAGCGACUAUGAGCACCACCAUCCCUAUCACCGCCACAGCCCUCCUCCAUACAAGCCGCCUUCACAGGAGCACUUGAACCAGGAACGGAAGCAGGACCAGCAACCGGAAUACAUUGAGGAUCCGGUUUACGAGCAGUACCAGCAUAGUCAACAGAUGAAAGAGUAUCAGUACGAUAAAAAGCACGAAUAUAUGCACGACAUGCAGGAGGAUUACCGAGAGGAAAUGAUCGAUGAAUUCCGACCACCACCACCCAAUUACCAUCAACAUCAUUUUACAGUAUCGUCAAGUUACGAACCACCACCCCCUCUAAAUGACCACUAUAAACAUGAUGAACCCAAAAUACUGCAUACUUCUGAAGAUAGGGUGCUAGAAUCUCAGUCCGAAGAGACUCACAUACCAGCUCACUACCCAGAGAACCUUGCCCGAGACCCCUGGGGAGGCCAGAGUCACCUCGAUGUUCCCCAGCAGGUUUCGGUGGGAGAAAAUGAACCCAUGCAACAGAUGGAUGUGGAUUCUCUCUCAUAAAUGCCUCGCUCCAAUAUCUUCCAAUUUUUUUUUUUUUUUUUUUUUUUUUUUUCUUUCUUUUUUUUUCUUUAAUAUUGUAUUACAGGUUUAGGUAAAGGAAUUUUAAUUAAUUAGUAAAUGAACACCAGAAUAUACAGAGAAAUACUGCCAUAGUAAUCAGUCUGUCAUGCAGUCUCAUAAUACUAAUAACAUAGUAUAUAUGUUUAGUCUUUGCUGUUGGCUGUCAGAAAUAAAAUUUGCAUGUCAUUUUAAGCUGUCAUGGAACUAUAUAAAGUUUGUGGUAUGUUGUGAUAAAGAUUAAACAGAACUAGGCUUUUACUGUAUAAGAAUGAUAUAAGAUCUCAUAUGCCCAUGCAAUAUUCCACUUAAUUUCUGUUUGGCCAUUUCCUUAUUUGUAUUACAAAAUAUGCAUUUUAUAUACUUAGAAAACAAUAGAUUUUAUUUAUUUACGUGUAAAGCAUGUACUAGCUGUAACAUUAAAUUUUUUUUUUAUU